AGUGGACACCUUACUUCCCACCAAAGGAUUCACACAGGGGAGAAACCAUAUAAAUGCCUGGAAUGUGGAAAAUGUUUUAGUCAGAGUGGAUACCUGACUUCCCAUCAAAGAAUGCACACAGGGGAGAAACCAUAUGACUGCCUGGAGUGUGGAAAAAGCUUCCGUUGGAGUGGAUACCUUACUUCCCACCAAAGAAUUCACACAGGGGAGAAACCAUAUAAAUGUCCAGAGUGUGGAAAGAACUUCAGUAGUAGUGGAAGACUUAGUUCCCAUCUGAGUAUUCACACAGGGGAGAAACCAUAUAAAUGUUUGGAGUGUGGAAAAUGCUUCAGUGGAAGUGAAAAACUUACUGUCCAUCAAAAAAUUCACACAGAGGAGAAAAGUUAUAAAUGCCUAGAAUGUGGAAAAAGCUUCCGAUGGAGUGGAAACCUUACUUCCCAUCAAAGAACCCACACAGGGGAGAAACCAUACGAAUGCCUGGAGUGUGGAAAAAGCUUCCGUCGUAGUGGACAUCUUACUUGCCAUCAAAGAAUUCACACGGGGGAGAAACCAUAUAAAUGCUUGGAGUGUGGAACAAGCUUUAGUGAGAGAGGGUACCUUACUCGCCAUCAAAGGAUUCACACAAAGGAGAAAAAAUAUAAAUGCCUUGAGUGUGGGAAAAGCUUCACUCAGAGUGGAAGCUUUACAUGCCAUCAAAGAACGCACACAGGGGAGAAACCAUAUAAAUGCCCAGAGUGUGGGAAAAGCUUCCGUCGUAGUAGCCACCUUACUUGCCAUCAAAGAAUUCACACGGGGGAGAAACCGUACAAAUGCUUGGAGUGUGGAGCAAGCUUUAAUGAGAAAGGGCACCUUACUCGCCAUCAAAGAAUUCACACAAGGGAGAAGAGAUAUAAAUGCCUAGAGUGUGGGAAAAGCUUCACACAUAGCGGAAGCCUUACUUGCCAUCAAAGAAUUCACACAGGGGAGAAACCAUAUAAAUGCCUGGAGUGUGGAAAAAGCUUUAGUCAGAGUGGAAGCCUUACUUGCCAUCAAAGAAUUCACACAGAGGAGAAACCGUAUAAAUGCCUGGAGUGUGCAAAAAGCUUCAGUGACAGUAGGAGCCUUACUUUCCAUCAAAUAAUUCACACAGGGGAGAAACCGUUUAAAUGCCUGGAGUGUGGGAAAAGCUUCGCUCAUAGUGGAAGCCUUUCUUCCCAUCGAAAAAUUCACACAGGGGAAAAACCAUAUAAAUGUCUGGAGUGUGGAAAAAAAUUCAAUGAGAGUAAAAGCCUUACUUCCCAUCAAAGAAUUCACAUAGGGGGAAAACCAUAUAAAUGCCUAGAGUGUGGGAAAAGCUUCACUCAUAGUGGAAACCUUACUUGCCAUCAAAGAAUUCAUACAGGGGAGAAGCCAUAUAAAUGCUUGGAGUGUGGAAAAAGCUUUAGUCAGAGUGGAAGCCUUACUUCACAUCAAAGAAUUCACACACGGGAGAAGCCAUAUAAAUGCCUGGAGGAGAAAAAGCUUCAAUGA